CACUACUCUUGACGACCAUCCUAAAUACUCGCCGUUGCAUACGCUCAACAUAUUUCAACUACACAAAAUCAUCAGCACGACGGCAUCAUGACGCAGAACGCACUAGUAACAAACUUCCUACUGCAGCUAUGCUUCGCUAUGCUGGCUGUUGCAGCACCUGCUUCUGAUCCCACGGUGGCGGCUACAGCAUACGGCAACACCUGGCAGUAUGGUACUGGUGGCGGUAUUCUUGGCUUCGUUGUGCUCGUGUUGGACAUUAUUGUCUUCAUCGAGGUUCUCAAGUCCGACCGCCCCGUUAGCCACAAGGUGCUCUGGUGUCUUGUCGUGUUCCUAUUCCCGAUUGUUGGCAUGGUUAUCUAUUGGCUGUUUUCAAACCGUGCUGCCCAUAACUCGCGGGCUGGAUAUGAAUCUAUUGCGUAAAGCACAUUAAAAUGGAAUUAGACCCUUACGCAGAGCUCGGCUACAGGCUGCGACUGGCAAGAAUAACAGCAAGUGUAAAAGCUUGCUCUUCAUUUCGAAUCACGUCGAAACCUGGCUACCUACAUAGUUCUAAGUAACCCUAAGCUGUUUACAUCACG